GUUCUUUCCUCAUUAUCAUACCCAAACUUACCGUCAUGUCCCAAGCAAAGUUCAAUAAAGCCGUCAAGAUCGUGCAGAGCCUUCCCAAGGAUGGUCCAAUUCAACCAACUACCGAUGAGAAGCUCUGUUUUUACCAGUUCUACAAACAGGGUACCGAGGGUGAUGUGAGUACUGCCCGUCCUGGCAUUAUGGAUUUCACGGGCAAAGCAAAAUGGGACGCUUGGAACAGCGUGAAAGGAACUUCAAAAGAGGAUGCACAGAAAUUAUACGUAGAGAAACUUCUUGAAAUCCUCAAGAAGGCUGAUAAUGAAGAGGCAAAGAAGUACAUUGCUGAAAUUGAAGCUGCUUAGGAGCAUAAGGACAGUACAAAUUUGUACUUGUGUAUUUCACAUUCCUCGAGGUGUUGUAAGUUACAGUGAUUCGAUCAAGCGCCCCAGUUGGACGCCCAAGCGAGUCCGAGCGUUCGUUUGCCGGUUUUCC